GCACAACAUUGUAUUUGGAAAAAUGUCUCAAGAAGAUGCCCAAAGCUUAGGACAUUGUACUUUGGAAAGAGUACUCAAAAAGGCAUCUUCUUUGGUGAAAGAGCAAAAGCUGGAGGAAUGCAAGACAGUUUUGGAGGAAGCUUUGUUGAACUCUUCUCGAAAUCCCUCCGAACUUUUCGACCAAAAGGAAGUGGUCGCUUUAAGAGAGAGACUGACAGGCUGCUACCUGAUGCUCAUAGCAACAGGGAGGCAGAAUGCGCGAACUAAAGAAGAUACACAGAAACAAAUAUCAGAGCAGAUAGCUUUUCUACACUCGCAAUUUGGGUCAACUAUACGGUUGCAGGAACUUCAAGGUUGGAAGGAAAUAUUAGGUGAACGCUAUGAAAGUGCGCUUCGUUGUUUUGAACAAAUUUCGAGCGCUCCAAAAAGUCUGUUAUCUUCAAUUGGAAGCGCCACCGCCAAGUUUUACAAGGGAGAUAUCCAAGAUUCUUUAGAAAGUUUUGGUUCCAUAGUCCGAAGAUGGAGACGUUGCGAGUCUGCUUGGUUAGGCAUUGCCCGUUGCUACUUGGAAAAGGGUGAUCACAAAAAGGCUCAAAUGGCACUUUCGAAAACAAUAGAAUUCGCAAAGCAGAAGUCGACGGGGUUUUCGUCAUUUUUUUCCUAUGAGGCACAGCUUUCCAUAGCAUAUAUUGCGUUUGGUCAAGGCACAAAGGAAGGUGUAGAAGCAGGGUUAAGUAUUUUAAAGGAACUCUAUCGAGACAAUACAAAUGACGCACAAAAUGAUCCACGAGUUGUUAAUCGGCUGGCGGAGUAUUUGUUUUAUAGGAAAGAAUAUAAGCGUGCUUCUGCACUCCUUUGUAAGUUGAACUUGACACAGACAAUAUUUCCUCGUGCCAAGGGUGAGAGUCUGUUUCAGCUUGCGCGUUUGGCUCACGUAAGUGGAGAACUUGCAGAAGCGGAAAAUUUCUAUACACAAGCACUACUAGAAGAUGGCUAUGGCUUGCCGCAAGCAAGGUUGGCGUUAGCAAACUUGUAUUUGUCCCGUGAAGACUUUCAAGCAGCAGCGGACUGUCUGGAACGUGUUAUUUCUCAACGACCGGAAUGCUUAGAAGCCAAAGCAACACUUGGUAUUAUUUUGACUCUAUUUGAAAUGAAGAACUUGGACACAACGAUUGGCCAAGAAGAGAAACUUACAAAGUACGAGUUGCGAAGAGCACGUAGAGAGAAAGCAAUUUCUCUGUUAACCGAAUUCGUUGACGCAACUAUCACGCCAGAUAUUUUAGCUUUGGUUUGUCUUGCAUAUUUAUUUGAAGAGAACAAGCCUGAGAGAGCUUGUUUGUUACUAGAGGACUCUCUACGAUUAUUUGAUGAACAACCUAAUAUCAUUAUUGCACGUAAUUCUCCUUCAGUCAAGAUACGGUUACAAAACAACAUUGCCUCACUAUUGACCAGAAUCGGGCGAUACUCAGAAGCCGAGAAAGUGCUCUCAACUAUCUUUAAUAUUUAUACAGACUUGUCCUCGGGUGACUAUGAUGAAGAUGUAUUCCUUCAAAAUAUUCAAAAAUAUAACGAAAUUCCGAUUCUUUUGUUAUAUAACCAGGCGCUCGUUUGGGAGCUAGAAGGAAAAAUGGUUUUGGCGCGAACUCUGUAUUCUCAUAUUAUCUCUGUUUACGGUGAAUAUCCUGAUGCUCUGUUUCGAUUAGGUUACUUGUCUUAUGCCAAUGACGAUUUUGUGGCAGCAAAGGAGUUCUACGAAAGGGGGGCCAAGUUUAAGCCCAAACUCGCGUCUCAUCUUUUAGCAACAUUAGCAAGAAGCCAAGGAGACUAUCACAAAUAUCAAAGCCUUUUAGAACAAGCAUUGCAGAGUAGACAGUUUAAUGAGACUCGGGAGGCAUUAGAUGAUGACUAUAGUUUCGUACGGUUGUGUAAUUUCUAUAUAGAUUGUUUGCAAGUUGUCGACGAAAGGAGACAACGCAAGUUUAUGGACAAGUGCUUAGAGUUGCUACAAAGAGUGCUUUCUCAUUAUCCAUAUAAUGCAUUCGCAGCAAAUGCAUUCGGAAUAUAUGUUUCUUUGCGAGAAAUGUAUUCUGAUGCUAGAGAAAUAUUCCAUGGGUUAGUUGGAACACCUGCAGCUGAGAUGGCGAAACUUAACUUGGCGCAUAUUCAGGUUCAUUUGGCAAGGAAUUUGUUGCAUUCUUCCGGAGAGAGGCAGAUAGUGAGAAAUGCCGCAGCCGACACAGCCUUAUCCUCAGCAAUCAAAUUGUACGAAGAUAGCUUGUUACAAACGAGAAAUGAAGAAACGCGCUGCGAAAUGAUGCUGUAUCUAAGUUUGGCUAAUUUUGAAAAAGCACAUUUUUCAGAAGCUUGUAGGCUUUUGACAAGACUUUUACAUCGGAUGCCUAUGUAUUUACCACUGUGGUUUAACUGGGCAUUGACGUUAGAGGAAUGCGGUUUGAGGAGGAUAAACGAAGUUGGAGAGAAACAAAAGAUUGCGUCUGUGUCAGAAAAUGCCAGUUCACUGAACGGUGUGCACAACGCGCGCAAAGCUGCUGCUGAGUUUGGAAGGGCAUAUAGAAUAUUUCAAGUUCUGAGUAGAAGAAAGCUUUCAGCUGAUGGAGAAGGAAUAGUGCGGCAAACACACUCUAGCCGACUUGCUGAUGCUCAUCAUACUUUUGCAAAAGCGAAGCGUGCAACAUCAAACGUUCUUCUGGCUAAUGCAGAAAAGGAGUAUGUUGAACAAACCGAGCGUUACCAGGAACGCCAAAGAAUACUACAAGAGAAGCUUGCUCAAGAAGAAAAAGAAAGGUUGGAACGAGAACAAAGACGAAAGGAGGAGCUGGCAGCUUUAGAAGAACGGGAGUUAAAGUUUCAGGAAUCUUUAAAGGAAAAGGAGGAACACAAACGAACUGCUGAAAGAGAAACCGUGAGCAGAAAAAGGAGACGCAAAGUUUUGAAAGAACAGUUGGAAGAAACUUCGGACUUUUCCGAAAAGGAAGGAACUUCACCAACCCAAAUGCAAGUCAUGGAAGAAAUUUUUGGCGACUGAAAAUGGCAUAUGCUGUUGGUUUUACUUAUAAGUUGUGUUGUUUAGCAUUUCUUUUGCUCCUUUACUGUAGGGAGCUUCAGGCAAAAGAUGACAAUUUUCAAGAGGAAAAAGAAACUGCACAAGCAGAAACACUUAAAGUAAAGAAGAUCGUUCUAGA